GCAGACUGUCCACCGUGUCGUCCAUGUGAUCUUGAGAAGUAAAUUUCAUCACAUACGAUAUACGUACAUAGAUAAAAGCUAGGACUAAAGCUACUAUACUACAGUGUGCUGUACUUGCACAUGAAAAUAAACAUCUCCAUAGUACAGUGAGGAAGAGGUAUUAAAAGAUGUCGUUUGUAAGACGCGAGGAGAAUCUUGAGAGCAAGAUCAUCAUCCGAAACUACUCACAUGACCUCACCGAGGGGGAUCUCACCAUCAUGUUCGAGAAAUACGGCAAAGUGGAUGACUUGUUCUCGCCCAAGGACAAGGAGACACGGAAGCCGAGAGGAUUCACAUUCUGCCAGUAUCGGAGGAAAGAGGAUGCAGAGGACGCAGUCAAGGGAAUGAAUGGAAGGGAUAUGGGGGGCAAGAAACUAUCAGUGGAGUUCUGUCGUAUCCCGAGGCCAGACAAUCGAGACAGAGACAGGGGGAGGCCUAGAGACAGAGGCAGAGAUAGAGAUAGAAGACGAAGUCAUAGCCCCUAUCGAAGCAGACGCCGCUCGAGAUCACGCUCACGAGACAGAGGGCGUGGCAGAGACCGUGAUCACAGCAGAGAGAGAGAAUUAUGGUCUGCCGUUAAGGAAGACUACCUUAGGGGAGGGGACUUUCCCCCACUACCGGGUCGAUUUGACCCUUAUGGCAUACCGUUACCCCCACGUCCAUCUGAUUUCCCUCGUCACCCCCUAGGGGGCCCAAUGCCACCUCCUGGCCCACGACCAAGGUCCGGGCUGCUUGAUCCCCCUUUUCCUUUACCCCCAGACGGCCCCAGUGGGGGGCCUCCCAGCCGAGGAAUUCCCCCACCACCUAGAGGGGGAGGCUACGCAGAUGACCUGCCACCACCUGGAAUGAGGGACAGCUACGGAACUGGACCACCACCUAGUCGUGGAGGGUACUCAAGUGGGCGUGGCGCACCCUCAUCUUCCAGUCACUACGGACCACCUCCAACUUCAGGGGGUAGAGACUACCACGAUGACCCCUACUAUUCUGAACGUCAGGGUGGCCCUCCAGGAGGAUCCAGCUACAGACCACCACCAGAUACAAGUAGCUACUCCUCUAGACUACCUCCUGAGGUUACACCAUCCAGCGGGCGAGACUACCCACCCCAUAAGAGUGACCCCUACGAUAGCUACCCAAGUGGUGGUCCACCUCCUUCGCAGUCAAGAGAUGCCUACUCCUCUUAUAGUAACGGCAGCAACUCCUAUAGAUCUAGUGGACCUGCGAACACCCCCAGUGCUCAAGCCUCCACCAGUCGAUUCUCAUCAUCAUCCACCGGCCCUGGCUCCACCUACGGCAGCGGCCAACCGAAAUCUGAUUACUCCUCCUCAGACCCCUACUACGGCAGCAACAGAGGUCCCUCAUCAAGUUACACCAGUGACCCUCCCAGUCGCCCACCACCCUCAAACCCCCCAGCAGAUCGAUACGGAGCUUCCUCCAGUGGUGAGGGAAGGUCCAGCUUCCCGAGCAGCUCUGGCAUAGGGAGUAGCUACAGCAGCAGUAGUGGACAAAGAGGCUACGAUUCUUCCGGUUAUAGUGGCCCCAGAGGUGGGGGUACCGGGUAUGGAGCGAGCACUACCAGUCCACUGGGUAGGGGAGCCUCCAGAUCUGCCGGCUACUCCUCACUGGGACCACAGGGAAGAGGUGAUGGCUUUACCAGCUCAACCCAGGCAGCCCCCAAAGUCGGAUAUUCAGCAUUCAAUGCCUCCUCUUCUACUCAGAGGACCCAGCCCUCUGCCGGAGGAGCUAGUCAGGGCUAUGGGGCUCAGGAUUACAAACCGGGUUCUAGAUACUAGCCAACACGAGAAACUAACUUUGAACAAGUGUAUUUUGUAUUUACCUUUUGUUAGACGCUUGUAUACAUGUGUUGGUGUUUGGACUACUUUAGUUAGAAUUCCUUUAAGCUGUUGACUGUUUCUCACUGGAUUUACAUGGUUUUCUACUAUUGGC